GUAAAAUAUGAUCCAUCAAAAUAUUGCCACAACCUUAAGAAGAUAGGGGAGGAUUUCACAAAUACCAUUCCUAUAUCCAGCCUCACUUGGGAAUUAGAAGGAGGAAACGACCCUAUGAGUAAAAAACGGCGUGGAGAGUUCUCUGACUUUCAUGGCCCGUCUAAGAAGAUGAUAAAAGUCCAAAAGGACAAAGCUCUCACUGGGUCGCUAGCCUCAAAUCCAAGGUCCAGUUCAGUAAUGGAGAGUCCGUACUUAACACAGCAACAAGCUACACAAAAGAGAACUUGUGAUUCCAUUACUCCUUCUAAAUCACCCCCUGUUUCUGGUUCUAAUACUCAGAAACUUAAAAAGGUACUUUUUCAGACAUCUGGCUUAGAAACUGUCAGGAAGAGAAAGAGCAUGUCUGAUGAUGAUUUUGAUUCUGAAGAUGAAUUAAGAGCAAUGAUUGCAAAAGAGGAAAAUUUACAGAGGACUAUGUGGUCCUCUAUAAAUGAAUCUGAAGAUGAUCCCUUUGAAGUUGUAAGGGAUGACUUCAAAUCAGAUGUUUACAAACUUUAUUCUUUAACAGAUUUAAGUGUCAAAAAUAAUGUUUCUGAUAAUAAUAUUGUGGGAAAUGACAGUGAGUAUGAUUCAGGAGAUACAGAUGAAAUCAUUGCAAUGAAAAAAAACAUUGAUAAAGUCAAAAACAGUAUAGAAUUUUCACAAAUGGAAAAAUCGAUACACAAGAAAACUUCUUUUAAAAACAGAGAAAACUCUGAUCUUUCUGGUCGUUGUAUUAAAGAUCAAAAAAGAAAAAAUGUAAAGUCAGCACUCGGCUAUGGGGUGAAACCUCUUAGUCUUAAAUCUCCACCUGACUCCAGCAGCAGUGAAGAUGCUGAUUCUGCAUCAGAAUUAGCUGUGUCUGAAGAAGAUGAGGAAUAUAAUGCCAUCAUGAAAAACUGUCUCCGUGUGAAUCUCACGUUAGCUGAUUUGGAACAAUUGGCUGGCAGUGAUCUGAAGGUUCAAAAUGAAGAUACCAAGAGUAAUAGCCCAAAAUCUAUAGCUCACUGCAAGUCUGACAGAGCCUCCAAGAGCCCUGACAGCCUCCACAGAGGCCGACAGUGUAUUCAUCCUGAAGAAAUUGUGGCUUCCCUUUUAGAAGGAGAGAAUUCUUAUUGUAAACAGAAAACAGAAGAAAACAUCUUAAAGCCAAAAUUUCAGGCUUUCAGGGGAAUAGGCUGUCUGUAUGAAAAGGAGUCAACAAAAAAAUCCUUGAAAGAGAAUGUCAUAAAUGGAGAUUGGAAUUCCUUUAAACACAAGGAUCCCAUGAGCAUUUCCACUGAAAGUGAUUCCACAUAUGCUAAUGGCUCAUCAAAUCAACUGACUCCAUGCCAACAUACAGAGAAGGCAAAUGGUCUACACCAUAUUCAGUCUCAAAAAAAACAGUUCACUUUUGAGAACCCAGAUCACAAGGUGGUAUCCUCCAGCAGUUCAGAAAAGGGAGGUAGGACUCCUAUUUCUAGUCUGUUGCCAUUAAAAGGAAAGAAAUCCUUAAGUGCAAAGACUUACAAGAUAGGCUCUGACAAAGAUAGUUGCCAUAGCACCACAAAGACAAAAUCUUCAGAGGAAGAGAGGUCUGAUUCAAGCAUCCUCACAUCUCUGGAUAAGUCACCAAAGGUGUCUUCCAGGAAGGACACACAGGAAAGCAAAACUGACUUCUCACUUUCUAUUAGUAAUUCUGCAGAUGUGAGUGCUGAAGAUAAGCAUUCCAUAGACAACCAGAAGCGUUUGGCAGCCUUGGAGGCAAGGCAGAAAGCAAAAGAAGUGCAAAAGAAGCUGGUGCAUAAUGCUCUAGCAAAU